AUGAAUAAUAAUGUAGAAUUAAAUACGUUUGAUGAUGCGAGUAAUGAUACCAAUUAGAACUUUGAACUGGGUUACUAAAAGUAAUUAGUAUUACCAGAUGCUGUAGAUAAUUAAUUAGAGAAUGCCAAAAUUGAGGGCAAUAUUGACUUGAAAACUAUUGAUAAUUAUGAAAAUAUUGCAGUGAUAAGUUAAAGAUAUUCAGAACAUCCUGAUUGGGAUUAUAAAUCGAGAUAGGAAAUUGCUAAUCUGAUUGUCUUAGGCUUCUAGUUGGGUUUACAAGAUCUUUUAUUAAACUUUGGAUAUAAAUGA